AUGGUGGAGGGCAUUCUGUCAAGGGUGGCAGAGAAACUCUCUGUUGUGCUCAUUCAACAACCUGGCCUUCUGAAUGAAAUUGAAGAAGAGGCGAAUUGGAUUUACCUGAAAAUGAGUGACUGGGUUAGCCAUCAUUUAGCAUUCAAGGGCUAUAUGGAGCCCUUAAGGGACAUUGCCUAUGAUGUAGAGGAUGUUGUUGAUGAUUUUAUGCUAAAGACGGCAACAAAGAAAAGGAAAAGAGGAGGAAUUCUCAAGAAGCUGAAGCAGAUCAGGGUCAACAUCUAUGAUAAGAUAAGUUACUACCCUGAAAGCUUGAUACAUGCUGAACCAGUAGAGGAUCAGAACAUAGCCAACACAGUUGUUUCCCCGGUUAUUGAAAAGGUGACAGCCCUUUUAGGUAAGGGAUUGCUUCGUCCCCAGGUGAAAAAGAAGGCCAGAAGGAUACUUGAUGAAUUUAAGUCCAUGAAUGGCUUUCUUGAAGAUGUAGAAUCAGUAGAGCUAGAUGAAAAUGGAAUGGCAUGGAUGGAGGACCUCUGCAAUGUUUCUUGUGAUGCAGUGGAUGUUAUAGACUCCUUCAUCAGUGGGAGAGAGCAGUUCAGGAUGAGGGGAGCUUUUAGGAGAGUAGUCACAGGCUUCAACAAAUUGAGGUCCCAACUUCGUCUAGGUGCGGAGAUGGAUAAAAUCAAUGAAAGGAUCCUGGUUCUUUCCAAGGGGAAGCCAAAAGAGGUCAUCAGACAUGGCCAAAGUAGAGAACAGGGGAGUGAGAGAAGGUUACAAAGACAGGUUCCACCUUCUUAUGUUGUUGACAAACCUGAUAUGGUCAGCUUUGAGGAUGAUGUACAUGAGAUUGUGGCCAGCUUGCUUACAGAUGACAAAUGUUUCUUUAUCAUUUCAAUUGUGGGCGUGGAAGGAAUUGGCAAGACAACCUUAACAAAGUUGGUCCAUGAGAAUGAUAUGGUUGUGGAUCAUUUCCCUUAUCGUGCUCGGGUGUCUGUAGGUUCAUGGCAUUUGGGAUUUCUCAAGGACAUACUUGAACAAAUGGGCUGCAACAAAAGUAUUCCAACCUUGUGGAAAGAUGACAAGAAUUGCAGAGUCAAGGCAGAGAAAGAAGAUGAAAAAGAAGAAGAUGAAGAAGAAGAUGAAGUAGAUUUUGAAGCUUUGUUGUCUUUGCAGAGAGAACAAGAGUCUGAGUUGCUGUCUUGCUUGAAUGCUUUCCUGCAGGAUAAGAAGUAUCUCAUAAUUCUGGAUGACAUACAUGGGGCUGUUUACUUGGAGGACCUGCUUAGAAGACUUCCAGACACAUCAAAUGGGAGUAGAAUGAUUUUAACCAGUCGGCCUACAAGUCUACAUUCAGACCUUCCAAACAAGAGCCUUCAUCUAACACUGCAAUUACGUGAUGAUAAUGAAACUUGGGCACUGUUUAGGCAUACUUUGAAGGUAAGCAUGCCCCCAGAACUGCUAGAUUUUCAAAGAGAAAUUGUGAGAAUAUGUGGGGGGCUGCCACUGGCCAUAAAAAGCGUAGCAGAUGUUUUGUCAAAGAAAGACACAACCAUUGAGGCGUGGUCUAGUGUUCUUCAGCAGCUCAACAGAGACCAAGAAUUUUGGCAGAAAACCUUGACUGCGAUCAAUAACAGGUUGCCCUUGCACAUGAAGCGAUGCCUCUUUUACUUUGGACUAUUUCCUCAAAACUUUGAGAUCCCAGCAAGAAGAUUGAUUGUAUUGUGGGUUGCAGAGGGUUUGGUGCAUCCAAUGGAAGAGAAAGAAGCUCCUGAAGCUGUUGCAGAGAGGUACUUGACAAAGUUGAUAGGCCAGUGCAUGGUUCAAGUGACUAAGAAGAAGCUUGAUGGGAGAGUUCAAGCAUGUCGCCUACCUGAUCCCAUACGACGUCACUGGUUGUUGAAAGCUAAGGAAGCUACAUUUCUUCAAGGUCACAAAAAACCAAGGUCAUCUGAGAUAUAUUUGGGCACUGGUAUGGUCCAUCGUCUUGCUGAUCAUCUUGACAAAGGAGAUGACAGUUUCAAUCAAAUUCAUGGUUACCACAAUACUUCUUCUAUUUCUCUCCAAUCUCAGUAUCAAGAUACCACAUCCUUCCUAUCAUUUGAUACUCGAGAAGGAAGCAGACCAGGAGAAGACAUAGGAAACUUUCUUGACCGAUGCAUUUCUAACAGGUGCCUUCUGUUACUGCGAGUGCUUGAUCUUGAACUGGUGUACAAACCUAAGUUGCCAGAGUCGUUGGAGUUACUAAGACACUUGAGGUACCUUGGCUUGAGACGGACAAAGCUGGAUAUGCUUCCUUCAUCAGUGGGUAAGUUGUUAAACCUCCAAACACUGGAUGUGAAACAUACUGACAUCAGAACUCUUCCUAAUUCUAUCUGGGCUAUGCAACAACUGCGUAACUUGUACUUGAGUGAGAAUUACUGCAGCAUGCCCCAACCGAGCUCCAACUCUCUGACAACCCUCCAAACACUAUGGGGCCUGUUGGUAAAGGAGGAGACUCCAGUGAAGGAUGGCUUAGACGGGUUGGUCAAUCUUAGAAAACUGGGAUUGGCAUUUUGUUUACUGGGUUCUCAACAGGAGGCAAUGUUGUCGCAAGUGGAUGCAGUGGCUGAUUGGGUUUUGAAACUGAACCAUCUUCAAUCCUUAAGGCUGAAAUCAUAUGAUGAAAAGAACCAACCAUGGGAUUUGGACUUGAAGCCUUUGUCCAGCCAUGCGAAUCUCUCUAAUGUUUACUUACUGGGGCAGUUAAAGAAUCCAUCCAUUGUGUCUGAAUUCCCACAUAGCCUCACUGACCUUACCCUGUCAUGGUCAGGAUUAGCAGAAGACCCAAUGCAAACAUUGGAUAAGCUUCCCAAGCUAAGAGUUCUUAGGUUAUUGCGCAGAGCAUAUGUGGGAAAGAACAUGCUUUGCUCUUCAGGAGGCUUUCCAGAGCUUCGGGUUCUUAAACUGUGGAUGCUGGAGCAGCUGGAGGAAUGGAAUGUAGAGAAAGGAGCACUGCAAGGUCUCAGAGAUUUAGAGGUUAGGUCAUGUAUAAAGUUGGGUGUGCUUCCUGAAGAGUUGCAGCACAGGAGUUUCUUGAAACUAGAGUUCAUAUGA